CUCUCCCCUUUUUUAAUCAGCUUAUCAACCCGGUUUAUACACAGUGAAUAUUGAACACAGAUACGAUAAAGUACAGAUAAACUUUACAAUAAAUGGGAAAAGAAUUGUACCACCACCAGUUCCUAUUGUUGAGGCUGCAUCAACAAAUCUAUGGUUUAUAGCUCUUAUCCUUGGUAUAUUGCUUCUCUUCAUCAUAGUGGCUUUGAUCAUUUGUUAUAUGUACAGGAACAGAGGCGGCACCUAUUUGUUGGACAAGAAGGAGGUCAAAGCUGGCCAUGAUCCAGAAAAGGAAUUAAACAACGGCUUCCAAGACGUGGGUAGAAUUGACGAUGAUAAUGACGAUCCUGAUAUAGAAAAGAUUUCAUUAUCAGAAAGCGUGAAGAAUUACUACGAUUCUGACGACGACCCGACCGGGGAGUAUGAGGGAGAUCUUGAUACAAGCAAAUUUAACGAAGAAGGUUCGUUCAUUGGUUUAUAUGGUGCAAAAACAGCCAAGGAGGCGACAGUAUAGGGCCUUUCUCUUCAUAUGUGUGUCUUUAAUGCAAAUUAUAUGUAGAUUUAUUUAGAAAAUGACAUAGGUAUCUGUUUCAUGCUAACUUUUCUGAACCAGAUGACAGAAUAUCGUAUAAAUGAGUCGAUAACAAUUACCCGUAUGAUGACACUUAUUUCUUUUUGCAAGUAUCAGAAAAGUUCUAUCUGAAAAAGAUAUGUAAUGCUAAGUUACUGUUUUGGCGUAUAACAUGACUCGGUAUAAAUACUAUGAAAUGAAAUGCCUUCCUACUAAAACAUAGAAAAAUAUUUGUCACAGAAGAACUACAACAAAGAAAAGAACCUUGUUACAAUUCUCUCGUUUCUAAAUGGCAUUCUUAAAAUUUUAAGUAUUAUUUAAUAAAAAAAAAUAGGGUUAACUGUUUUAGGUUUUUGUUUAUUUAUUUGGUUCAAGAACGUCUCAGUAAGGCACAUGUAUCAAUAAUGCUAUCCAAAAAUCCAUGUAUCAAAAGAAAUGUCAAAAUCUGGUAUUUGUAUUUUGCUAUGCCAUUUUAUAUAUAUAUAAAGAUUUUGAUAGAUGUAACAUAUUUUAAAGGAGUUAAACUGUGUCUGUUUUGACUCUAAAAUUUUAUUGUAAGUAAAUUUAAUACCAUUCAUUUAGAUGGAUCAGCAAUCAUUGAAUUAACUUAUAUUUGAAGAUGAAAUGGUCGUGAUGUUUAAAUAUAUGUUUCUUUUUAUAUAUUGUCCAAACCAGAUCGUCGUCUUCGUGAACAUCAGUAAUGAAACAUUAUAUGUGAGUAAGACCUUCACUGUGUGGAAUGCAUUCUAUCGCUUUGACUAGUGUUCUAUUUUUACAUGAUUUUGUUUCCGACAAAGAUAAUCAUUCGCUGAAAAUGCUAUAACUUUGGAAUACGAUAAAUUUAUUUUUUUUACUUAUGCAUGCAAACAUCGUAUGUUCUACUACAGAAUCUCUGGGAAAAAAAGAAGAUUUUUUUCUUAAAAAAUAUGCAUGUCGAAAAACUUUGUAUGAAUAUUCAUGGUUCUAUAGGAUUAAAUGAAAAACCUAAAUAGUUUUGAUAUUCAUUAAUGACUUUCGAGGGUUAAAUGCUUGAUCAAUAUUGGCAAAUGCUUUUACAUGUGUGUGUGCAUGUGUUUGAAAGUAAUGCAUAUUUUGUUAAACCAAAUAUUUUACUUUAUAGUUGUGUAUACUUAAAAAAGUGCAAUUCAAAUAGAGUUGUGUGUUAAGCAUAACUCUAAAAAUUAUAACUUACCUGGCAAUGUGUUUGUGUGUGAACGGAUCUAACAGAAACAUUUCGUUUUGUAAGAUACUUAUCUUUCUUUUCGCUUCUUUCCGUUUCUAACAUGCUUUCCUAGAAAAAAAAUGCAUCUUUGCUUGUGAAAAUGCUUUCUUGCGAUUUUGUUCAUCACAUUUUAGAGUUUUAUCAUUUUCAUGGCUUAAUAUUUGAAUGUCAUAUAUAAUCGAUUGUUUUGUCUUUUUGAAAAUUUUGCGAGGAUGUGUCUUAAAUAUCUGGUUUUAUAUAGUAUUAAGAGUUAGAUUACAUUAUCUGUAAUACACAGCUACCAUUGAUUCAAUUUCAAAUAAAUUGCUAUGUGAUGAUAUACUAUCGUCUAAAGCAAUAUCAUAAUAUUUUCUUGCAAACAUUUCUUUUUUCAAGUGGCUUGGAUUUUGGAAGUUUUCUUAGUUCUCUGAAAUGAUUUGUAUAUUUACACUUUUACUCUUUCUUACUAGCUUAGUCGUAGGAACAAAAUUUUUUUGUUUAAACGACAACUUUGUCUUUGAAAAAUCUGUUAGUCUAUCAUUUCCAUCACCGACGACUAGUCGUUGCUUUCUUUUUAUGGCUUUAACAGCAUCUACCCAUAUAAAUCAUUUUCAUUUGUCGAGAUUGCAAUUUUGGCUGUUAAGUAUAGGAUUGGCAAGUAUAGGGUUGGCGCAAAACAAUAGCUUUGAAUUAUUUGAUGUUAUAUUAAAUGUUUUAGACGUAAAAUGUGUAGAUCUGUAUUCUCAUAUAAAUGCAUUUAAAAUUUAAUCAAUUUAUUACAUUAUACAAUGUUUUAUGUAACCGAUUUACUAUAUUUCAUAUAUUUUAAAACAGUUUUUAAAUGUACGUGUAUUAAUCGUCCUAUUCAGUUAACCGGCUCUAACCAUUGCUUUUGUAUUGUCGUUAUAUUUGUUGCUUUGAACUAGAAUAAUGUUUAUACCCUCAGUGUAUGCCUGAAUUUUAUUUAUUUGUAAAAUUGUACACUUGCGAAAGGUGAUUUAAUCUAGUUCAUUUUUGUUUUUGUUUUAUUUUAAUUUUGUUGCAUUGAUUAUUGAACGCUUUGUCAAAUUUUUAACCAAGCAUGUGUUUCGCUAUGAUAAUAAUAUUGUAUUAUAAUACUGUAUGUAAUAUCAUUUUUUUUUAUAAAAAGCAAUGUAUACUAGAAAUAUUUUAUUAUUUACUGCAUGUAUAUUGUUAGAAAAUUGACAAGUUAAUGUUAUGCCCUCAGUGUAUUAAUAAGAUUUUAUUUGUCAUUAUAAAAUUGUACACUUGCGAAAGGUGAUUUAACCUGUUUAGAUAUAUGUUCUUGAUAUGUGCGUUAUAUUGAAUAUAUGUCAUUAUCGAUAUGAUGUCAUUUUCAUUUGCCUUACUUUGUAUAAUUUAGAAUUGCCAUACAUCUUCAUUAAAUUACCUAUUUUCAAUAUUUUCGUGAAAAAGUGUAUUACUGAUAUUAAUUUUGUUUAUUAAAAUAAAUGUACACUUUCGAAAGUAGUUUUAAAAACGGAAAUAAACACAUGUAUGUUCAGUUUUUGUAAAAACGAUUCUAAAUCAUUUUCUUAGUUUUGUUAUUUGUUACGCCUCUUUUACGCUUUUUAGUAAUUUCAAGAUCAUGAAAAAUCCGUGCACCAAAAACAAAAGUUUAUUUUAUUCAAUCAUAAUUAUACAUAUUGUAAAUAUAGCCUUGCCAAUUAAAACAUUUUUUUUUCAUUUGUCUUAACAAAACAUAUAAGCUUUGAAAUUAAAUCAUAUUUUUUGGUUAUGUGGUUGUUUAAAUGUUGCCAGGUUAAUGUUAUACCCUCAGUGUAUUUUUAAGAUUUUAUUUAUUGUAAAAUUGUACACUUGCGAAAGGUGAUUUAAUCUGGUUGACUUUUGACCAGAGUUUAUUUUGUAUGAUAACUAGAAGCAUCUUGUUAAGUUCAUUCUAUACGAUUCUAAUAACAUGAGAAAAACAGUUACAAGAGUUACAAGACAAAUAGACAAAAGGACUGUAGAUUUUUGCGAAUGUGCGCUGUCAUUUAGUACAAACAAUGUAUCACCAUACCGAUGACAAUUUGACAUUAAAAGAUUACGGUACUUAAUUGAAACAUGUAGCCUUUGUGGCACUUAGGUCUAUAACGUCAUAAAUGUUAACAAAAAAAAUAUGAUCAACACAAAAAAUUAUGUUUCAAAUAUUAUGAAAGAUUUCUUAUGUACUUGUACUUACUUACAAUUUGUUGAUAGACUAAAUAAAAGAUGAAUAAAGAUUGCUUCCAUA